AUCAGCUACGAAGCCUCCUUGGAGACGCUGAGCCUGAAGCGGUUCUACCCCUCGUUCCUGCGCACCAUUCCCAGCGACAGGCAGCAAGUGAAGGCCAUCUUCCUGCUGCUGCAGCAGUUUGGGUGGACUUGGGUCGCGCUGCUGGGCAGCGACAACACCUACGGCCAGGACGGCCUGGACGCUCUCUACAAGCUGCUGACCGCCAGCGGCGUGUGCGUCGCCUACCGAGGCACCAUCCCCGCCAACAAAGACGCCAGCAGCCCGGAGCUCCACAACCUGGUCAGAAUCCUCACGGACGCCAGGGUCAACGUCACCAUCGUCUUCUCCACCAGAGGCAGCACCCGCCCUUUCUUCGAGGUGGUGGUCCAGAGGAACGUCACAGGCAUGGUGUGGGUGGGCUCCGAAGACUGGUCGUUAGCCCAAACGGUCUGGCAGGUGCCUGGCAUCCAGAGUAUCGGCUCGGUCAUUGGGGUGUCGGUUGAGAAGACAGAUUCCAGGAUGCUGGAACGCUUUGAAUCUUGGAAGAUGGCAGAGGAAAGCGCUGCGGCCAAACGUGCCGGCAGCACGGAGGCAGGCGGGGGAGUUGGAAGGAGCACCCAGCUGGGCUGCACCCAGCGCUGCACUGGCUGCCACUUGCUCACCACUGCCCCUGACACGUAUGAUGCUCAAGCGUCCUUCAACGUGUACUCAGCCGUGUACGCCGUGGCCCAUGGCCUCCACGACCUGCUGGGCUGUGCCUCAGGGGCGUGCAGCAAAGGCACGGUCUAUCCCUGGCAGCUCCUACCCAAAAUCAAGCAAGUAAACUUCACCCUGUACAAGAGCCACAUCUCUUUUGAUGCCAACGGGGACAUUCGUAAAGGCUACGACAUCAUCAUGUGGAACUGGAGCGGCCCGAGCUGGGCUUUUGAUGUGAUAGGAACUUUCCGUGUGAACCCCGACAGGCUGAGCAUCGACCAGGGCAUAACCCUGUGGCACACAGAAGAUGGCCAG